AUGAUAAGCAUAGCUGAAACAACGAAAUAAGUUAUGCAACGAAAUAGUAGCGAUUAGCGGACAAGGACAAACCAUGAGCGAGAAAGGAGAGGAGCGCGUCCUGGUCGCGCCAGGCGGGCAUGUCGGGAGCGCAGGGGUCGAUAGCUUCAGGAGCUUUGCGCUGCCGGAUCCUCGCACAGGGCGGCCCCAGGGCUUUAUGCUUUCCAAGUCAGGCCAGCUUCUUGAAAUGAACCGCUUCAAGCAGGCCCACAGCGCAUGGCUUACAGGCGACCGUUUGCUCUCAGAUGGCGGCAUGUUCAUCGCGACCCCGUAUGACCCGCUGUUUGCGCUGCUGCCUCUCCUCGACCGCGCGCGUGACAAGGAUGAGGCUAGCCCGCUCGGCAAGUUUAAGGAGCUGGACGAGCUCUUGUACGACAGCAACGCAGCCGCCGGAUCCGGCCUUUCGGAGCUACUGCCGUACGCCCGUACAGCGCUGGGCACUAGCCCGUCUUGCGCGCCCAGGCCUGCUUCAGCGGCAGCCGCGUCAGGGUCGUGUGACAGCCAGCCGGCGGAGGCGGGGAACGCGCCCGGCGCAUCAGGGACGGAUACGGCGGCGGCAGCUGCCGCGGCGGAGGCGGCGCAGCUGUCACCAGCCGACGCCACGCCUGCCAAGGGAUCCGCCGCGUCGGCGGGGCUUUCAGUGUCGGAGCGGCAAACGCUGGAGCAGCAGCUGGCGUGCGUGUGUGAUGUGCGCAAGGUGGAUGAGGCCAGCUACUACCGCCUGAACGACCAGCGGGUACUGGCGUGGCUGGCUGUUAAGUUCCGGCGAGUGCAGGCGGGGCUUGCGGGGCACGUGGCGGGCAUGGGCUCGGGGCACGCGGCCGCCUACGUGCUGACGCUGCUGGGCGAGUACGUGGGAGAGCCGUGGCUGAGCCGCCUGGCCCCGCGCGUGGGCGCCAGCACCAGUGCCGGCGCCACCGGCUGCGGUGAGGCGGACCGGGAGGCAAUGGGCAACACGUUGCAGCCGACUGAUCCAAACGCGCAGGCGGCUGCAGCGCGCGCAACGCCACCCUCGGGGGCGGGCGGGCCGCCUGAAAAGAAGCAAAAGGUGGCGGAGGCGCGCGCACAGGCCAAGCAGGCGGCAUUAGCCAAGCAGGCGGUUGGCACGAAGAAGCUGACUUCCUUCUUUACAAAGAAGUAGCUGGUCUGGUGGUGGUGGGCUGUCGAGAGGUGUUGUGAGUGCAAAUCGAGAAGCGGCUGUCCUUGCGUUGCGCGGGUACGGAAUGGGGGCUUAGUGUGCAGAGCGCUUGUUAUGGAAUUGAGCGCUGCCAUGGGGCGGGUGGGGGCGCAGACGCACCC